UUCCAGCCUCCUAUAUACAUUAUAUUGCCAAAAAUAUUGGGACACCCCUCCAAAUCUUGGUUUCAGAUGUUUCAAUCACCUUCAUGGCCACAGGUCAUUAAAAAAUUAAGCACCUAGGCAUGCAGGCUGCUUCUACAAGCAUUUGUUAAAGAAUGGGUCGCUCUCAGUUCAGUAAAUGCAAGCGUGGUACUGUGAUAGGUUGCAAUAAGUCCAUCCGUGAAAUUUCCUUGCUACUCAAUAUUCCACGGUCACCUGUUAGGGGUAUUAUAACACAGUGGAAGCAACUGGGAACAACAGCAACUCAGCCA